AUGCAGGACAGGGAACGGAAAAAAAAGGAGAGCGUUAUCGACCUCUCGAAGUAUAUUGACAAGAAGAUUCGGGUGAAGUUUCAAGGUGGUCGCGAGGCAAGUGGAAUUCUCAAAGGAUUCGACGCCCUGUUGAACCUAGUCUUGGAUAAUACCGUCGAAUAUCUCAGGGAUCCCGAUGAUCCAUACAAAUUGACCAACGACACCAGAAACUUGGGCCUGAUCGUUGCUCGAGGAACGACUGUGAUGGUUGUCAGCCCUACUGAUGGGUUGGAGCAGAUCGCUAACCCAUUCGUUCAAGGAGAAUGA